UGAAAAAUCAACUGUCAUUUGUCAAUAUCGUUCCGAUCAGGGAACGAAAAUGUAUUUACUUACGCUGAAAUCUUUCGGAGUUUAUUCGUCACUUGCGCUUAGAGUUAGGAACAUUCACCAUAGAUGUAGGAUCGGGAACCGGGACUGGGUCGGCUUCGGGGUAAACGGUGGCGCCAAUUACAAGGACGAUGCUCAUUUUCCCUUUCCUGCCGUGAGGUUUAAAGAAAACACCAGAGAUAUUUGUGCAUUACGAGAGAAAGAGAAAGGUGACUGGCGAAUGUUAUGCUGUGAAGAAAAGAAAGCAUUGUACAGAGCGUCGUUCUGUCAAACUUUUACCGAGUUCCAGCAUCCCACGGGGCAAUGGAAGGUUGUCCUUGGGAUGGGCUUCUUCAUUUCAGCGUUCGCCUUCUGGAUGUUUAUAUUCCUCCAUUAUUACGUGUACGAGUGCCUACCGCCGAGUCUGUCGAAAAGUUCACAAAAGGUACAGCUGCGGCGGAUGCUGGAACUUCGCGUGAAUCCCAUCGACGGUAUCUCAUCCAAGUGGGACUAUGACAAUGACCGGUGGAAGUAACGAUUAUGUGUAUCGUCGACUUUAUGAAGCUACAGCUUAGGUUAAAGACGUGUUAAUAGAACGAACGACGCGAAACUAAUGCACCAUUAUCAUGUAAUCUAAACGCAUGCGCCUGCGCACUGCAGCUGUCCUUGGAAGAAAGAAAAAAAUAAAUUUUUGACGACAUUAUUUUACGAAAAGAAAGAUCAGCAAAUAUAUUUUUGUGAAAAAAAAUGUUAAGAUUCGUUUUCGACAUUCUACAAUGGUAUGUUGUCUAUGACGUCUAUUUUAGUUUGACGGAAAUUUCAACCAAUCGGAACGUGUUUUAUAUUCGUUACUGAAUGUCUAUGUAAUAUGAUUGGUCGACAUUAGCUUCGCAUUAUUUUGUUUGCGUGCUGUAAUAGGCCAGACGUUGGUCUAUUUAGUAGUUUUUUUUGAUUUUAUUAAGAUGUUAUUAUGCUGAUUUAUUUAAUUAUUAAUUAAAGAGUUCCGUUUAUAAUACUUGUUUUCCUAAGCCCCUGAAAACUCUAAGCGCCAUAAACUUCUAAGUACCUUACGAUAAAAGUAAACAUUGUAUUUUUUGCAAUUAUUCACAGAUACGAUAAAGCGCACUAAGUA